UUUUGAUAUCAUCAUUGUUGUUGAUUUGCCCAUUGUUCUUGCCAACUGGCAUCUCUGAUGUGUCCACAAACAGAUAAAGAAAGGAAAGGCCAAAAGAUAAAACGAGGGAUAAACUAAGUCCAGGAUUUUAAGUGUCAUUGUUUUGAUCCCUUUUUCCCCUUCAAUAGAAAUCCCACAACUCAGAGAAAUUGGACAGGGACUUUUUCUUUUCUUUUUUUUUAUAAACAUUUCAAUCUUCAUAAUCUCUUCUAUUACCUGAAACCAAAAAUUCCCUCAAAACUUAACCACUUUAUUGCCACCAUGAAUGAUUGGUCUGCUACACAUUAUUGCAGUGGAAGUGAAUCAGGUUGGACUAUGUACUUAGACCAAUCCUAUACUUCAGACCACCGUUUCAACGGCGGCAGUGGCGGCAGUGAAAAUUAUAAGGCAAAAGAAGCAAAAGCGAGAACAGAGGAGGAGGAGGAUGAAGAAGAGGAUUUAUCAAUGGUGUCUGAUGCUUCUUCAGGUCCACCGCAUUACAUUGAAGACAAUGAAGAAUUGUUUUACAACAAUGGGUAUUCUUCUUAUGCCAUUUCAGCUUCAGAAUUAGAGAGAAAGAAGAGCCAAAAAGGCAAACGAAAUGGGAGAAAUCAGCAACAUUCUUACCUUGAUGAUACUGCUAGCUCCCCUGUUUAUGGCUACACCAAAGCAAAUAAAAUCAAUACAGCAACAAGCAACAAAGCUUUGGAGGAGAAUCCAGUUGAUUUUUCACAGGGAUUCUCAGCAACCCAUUUUAAGAGAAAAUCUGCAUUGAGGAAACACCUGGGCUUUUAUCGCUCGGAAAAAUCAGCACCGGAAGAAUGAGGCUAUAAGCGAUUCCGCCGCAACUUCCAACCUUAUUUUUUUGGGGACGUCAAGUAAAUGAUAACGACAUGUUGUUAUUAUAUAUAUCAGAGGGAUAUUGUUCCUUUUGUUAUUAUUAUUAUUGUUUCCAAUUUAAUUUUCCCCACGAAUGUUUUCGGCUCUGUGCCCUUCUCUUUUC